UAACAAUCUUGCCGCGAUGUGGUGGCUUUAGUGUUGGCUGUGGUUCUUUUGCAUUGCAAAUACACUCGGCAUAAGCCCUUUGUAUUUGGAAGACACUGAACUCAAAAGCCUUCAUGACCAAAGGUUAUCCCUCCUAUCCUCAAUUCCCAAUUUUCCUAUAAACAAUCCCGUCUCCUCCCCAUCCCCAUCCCCCACUUGUAAGGUUAAGGUGGUUGGUAGCAGUGCCGAGAAUCUGAAUGGCUAAUCAGUGGUUAAAGAAGAUUAGUCACUAACAGCUCCCCUCCGGUGCCACGACACGGGCCGGUUGUAAAUCCUAGUCUAGUCCAUGUACGCCGUCACUGCAUGGAUCGUCUCUUCCCUUACGUGCCUACUCGUGGGACCAACAUAUGGAAAAUAACACAGAAAAAGAACAAAAACAAAAACAACGAAGAAAGGAUGAGAUUGGAUCCUCAUCCGAGGACGAACUUCUCGCCUCUAGUCAAGAGACGGUAGUGAGUCCUUCAGGUAGUGGGAAUGAAAGACAUAGCACUCUCCUACCCUCAAAAAGCCCGACAAAUACUCCUCAAUCCGACGCCAAGGCUGGCGACAAUUCGAGGAAAAAAAGGCCAAAAAGGAAAAGUCAGAAAGACAUCCUCAAAGCUAGAUAUACCAAGGCUGUUUUCAUUCUCGACAAGAUUGCCAAGAAUGCUGCUAAUGGUACACCUCAUGAACGCGAUGAAGAUGAUCGCGUCAAAUAUCAAGCUGUGGUGGAUGAGUACCAAAAGUUUUUGGAGACCGCACCCAGCACAUCCAAAAUGGCUGCUGAAACCGAAAGGUCCAAGCGAAACCGCUCACAGGUUGAGGAUGGUAAAUCGCCAAAAAGGAGGAAGGUAAUAGAAGGCAAAACCACUCCGGGACCUGUAGCCAUCACGACAACUGCCAGAAGACCAUUUAACGAAGUGGUGAAGGACCACCUCCUAAUGGCUCUGGUUACUGAAAAAGAUGGGGCCAUCAACCCUGUAGUAACAGAAUGGGGUGCCAUUGAGUCUAAAUUAACUGAGCUCGUUAUGGAACACUUGCUCACUAACAAAGACGACAAGGUACCCCGUUUUGACUCCAGUGAGAUUCACCGGGGAUACAGGGUGAUCAAAUGCCUGGACGAAUUCUCAAAGGGGUUCCUCAACAAAUGCAUCACUAAGAUUAGAGAUGCAUGGGUAGGUUUAAGCCUUAAACUAAUCCCUGCUGAGGAAAUUCCAAUGAGACCUCGUGCAAGAGUUUGGUUACCAAAGAUGAGCGCCGAAGCACCCAAGAUGUUGGAAUGCCUCAAACGGCAGAAUCCCAACAUACACAUGAAUGACUGGGCUAUCAUCCGCACAGAACAAGGCGAAGGGCACACAUGUCUAAUUCUCGCCAUCACAGAAGCUGGCUCCGUUGAGCUGGAGAAGGUGGGCUUUAGGCUGUUCUUUGGGGUGAGGGGCGCCAAAGUAAAGGUGUUCCGGCCGACAAAAUCGGGGAGUGAAGAGACGGAUGAGAUGGAAGCUGCCAACUCUCUGCUCACUGGCAUGAAACUCUCCGAGCCACCUAUUAAACCUGACAAUGGCACUAAAGAUAGUGCAAAUUAAUCUGAAGCACUCAAAGUGUGCUUCAGACAAUCUACGGGUUCUCCUAGCCGAGGAAAACCUGGACAUUUGCCUGGUUCAAGAACCCUGGGUCACGGACUCAGAAGUUAAAGGGUUCCCAGCAUCUACAUACAACAUACUAUAUGCAAGAAGUAAUGCUUAGCUCAGAAGACCUAACAGUCGCAAAGGUCGAGCUACCGCACAACAGAAGCUUCAUGAUUGCCUCAAGCUAUAUGGCACAUGAGAAGACAGCACCACCAGACGAAGUGAGCGAUCUCCUGGCCGUAAUUGAGACAUCUGACGACAUAAUCCUAGGCUGUGAUGCCAAUGCAAGGCAUACAAUCUGGGGUAGCAGCGAAACUAAUGAAAGGGGUGAGUCAAUCUUCAAUUUCAUUAAUACUAACAACCUAAACAUAUGUAACUCUGGCAACAAACCUACUUUCAUUUUUCCAAGUACGGAUAAUUAUAAUGGGUGGGAGGAAGUACUGGACAUUACACUCAUUAGCGACAGAUCUAAAAUAUCAGUUGAUAGGUGGAGGGUAUCCAAUGAAAAAUCUUUUUCAGAUCACAAUUGGAUCCUCUUCGAUAUUAUAUUACAAAACUCGACGGAAAAAAUGGUCUAUAGGAACCCAAGAAGAACCGAUUGGUUCAAAUAUAAAGGGAUCCUUAGACAUAAGCUCAAGAAAACUCCAGUGGUUGAUGAUUCAAUCACUGGGCUUGAAAAGAUAGAAGAACACUUUAGCAAAGUCUUAGGUAAGGCUUUCGAAGUCUCCUGUCCAAUCACAAAGGCAAAGAAAAGCUUCCCUCCAUGGUGGAAUUCGGAACUAUCUAAGCUACGUAAGGAAACACGUAGGGCCUUUAACACAUGCUACAACAAUAAAUCGUGGCAGCCAUACCGCGACAAACUAAAAGUUUAUAAGAAAGCUAUAGCACUCGCAAAAAGAACCUCAUGGAGAAGUUUCUGCGAAUCUAUAGAUAACACAAAGGAUUCUGCUAGACUUAGCAAAAUUCUUGCUAAAGGCCAAUCUAAUCCAACCUAUAUUAAGAGGAAGGACGACACUUGGUCAGAAUCCUCGGCAGAAUCUCUUGACAUCCUACUGAAUACUCACUUCCCUGGCUGCAAAGAUGCUGUCAAGGAAAUCUUCACUGACAGUAGGACUCUAACGGGAAUCAAUGAAAAUAUCAUCUCUUAUGAUAGAAUCUCAUGGGCGAUUGAUAGUUUUUCCCCUUUCAAAUCACCAGGGCCUGAUGGCAUUUUGCCAAAGAUGUUACAAAGUGCAAAAGAAUAUAUCAUCCCCUGGCUUCAUAGAAUAUACACGCUCAGCCUCUCUCUCAACCAUGUUCCGGUAAACUGGAGAAAGGUUAAGGUCGUUUUUAUUCCCAAAGCUGGCAAAAGGAGUCAUGAAAAUGCGAAGGACUUUCGUCCAAUUAGUCUUUCAUCUUUUCAACUCAAAACGCUGGAAAGACUCAUCGACUCACAUAUUAGGCAACGGCUAGAGAGCUCAUCACGGCUUUCAACCAGUCAACAUGCCUACCUUAAAGGACGAUCUACUGAGACAGCUCUACAUGAGGUUGUAAGAGUUAUAGAAAGAUCCCUCGAAUUCAAACAAUACACUAUGGGAGCCUUCUUAGACAUAGAAGGUGCCUUCAAUAACGUAAAUACUUCUGCAAUUCAACAAGCUCUCGCUAAUCUGGAUGUUGAAGAAUAUAUCAGCAACUGGUUGGUAACUAUGUUGAAAUCUAGAAUUAUUACUGCAAGUCUUGGUAACAGCGUUAAGUCCAAACGAGUUGAACGAGGCACACCUCAGGGCGGUGUAAUCUCUCCACUACUUUGGCUUAUCGUUGUUAAUACGAUUCUUAAGGAACUGGACAACAGAGGGAUAAAGGUCGUUGCCUAUGCGGACGACGUUGUGAUACUGGUAUCAGGAAUGUUCCCAGACGUGAUUAGCGAUAUUAUGUCUGGUGCUCUGGUGCUACUCAGUAAUUGGGCCACAGACAGUGGUCUAGGAGUAAAUCCAAGUAAGACAGAACUGGUACUAUUCACAACAAAGACCAAGAUUCCAAGCUUCAACCUGCCACGGUUAAAAAACCGCGAAAUCCCCUUAUCAAACAAUGCCAAAUAUCUAGGAACUAUUCUAGACUCCAAAUUAUCAUGGAAACUCAACAUCCAGCACAGAGUCAAGAAGGCAACGGUCGCCUACUAUACCUGUCGUAAGAUGUUUGGAAUGAAAUGGGGACUUAGUCCCAACAUAGUUAAAUGGAUGUACACAGCCAUAGUACGUCCUAUUCUUACAUACGGAUCUCUUGUAUGGUGGACUUCAACUAAGAAGAAAUUUGUUGUGGAUCAACUAUACAAAGUUCAGAGAUCAGCAUGCAUUGGGAUAACAGGUGCCAUAAGAACUAGUCCUUCAGAAGCUCUGAACACUAUAUUGCAUAUCCUACCCAUAGAUCUGCACAUAAUGACCAUAUCUGCUUGUAGCGCAGUAAGACUUAACUCAUCCGGAAGUUGGAUAUCAAGAACAUAUGGACACGCUAAGAUUUUAAGCUUGCUACCUCCAAUCUUGAACCAACCAUCCGACUAUAUUACCCCACACACGGACUUUGAUAGAGUCUUCAAAGUCAGAGUUCCUUCCAGGAGCGAGUGGUGUAGAGGUAAUCUACCGAGCGAAUAUACCACCAGAAUCUUUACAGAUGGUUCUAAAAUGAACUGCGGCGUUGGUUCUGGUGUCUUUUGUGAAGAAGCUGGGGUAAGUAUAUCCCAUCGUCUUCCCAACAACUGUAGUGUCUUUCAGGCUGAAAUUUUUGCGAUAAUG